CCUGGCUGUUCAUUUCCCAAUUUUACAGAUUAUAUUUGGGCAUUUUAGGGUUGUUCUUGGGCUCAUAGGAGUUUUUCACAAAAACAAAUCAUUUCAGUUCUUCAAAGGGUCCGGAUUUGGUGGGAAAAUUUGUAGGUCAACAACAGCAGCUUUUUUCGAUUCAAAUGCUCAUAUACGGUAUAAGAUGAUUUGAAGGAUACUGUGCUUCAAGAAGGGGAAGAGAUUGAGUCCUCAGUAUCUGAUAUUCACAUGAAAAUGCUUUUUUUAUUUUGGUGGUUUCAGUGAUACUGAGUGGCAUACUGAUUGGAGUAGCACCAAAGGAACUUUCAAAAUCACAUUCACAAACUAUGGAGUGCAAUAAAGAUGAGGCCUUCAGAGCAAAACAAAUUGCAGAGCGGAAGUUUGAACAGAAGGAUUAUGCUGGUGCCAAGAAAUUUGCCUUGAAAGCUCAGGUUUUGUAUCCGGGGCUUGACGAUCUAACCCAGAUGUUAACAACACUUGAUGUUUAUAUCUCUGCCGAAAACAAAAUAAGUGGGGAAGUGGAUUGGUAUGGGGUACUUGGUGUGAGCCCAUCAAGUGAUGAUGAAAUGGUGAAGAAACAGUACAGGAAGCUAGCUCUUGUCCUCCACCCCGAUAAAAACAAAUCUGUUGGAGCUGAAGGUGCGUUUAAACUUCUCUCUGAGGCCUGGAGCUUGUUAUCUGAUAAAUCCAAGAGGUUGGCAUAUAACCAGAGAAGGAGUUCAAAAGGAUUUCAGCAGAAACAGCAGAAAGUUCCAGUCCCCUCAGGUGGUCCAUCAGCACCUCCACGAAAUGGAUUUCAUAAUUUUACUAGUAGGACUUCGGGUUCAAAGACUCAGAAAAAUGCUUCUCGGAUGCCCUCUUCAUCAGUUAAUUCUUCAUCCAAUCAAAGAAGUGAUACUUUCUGGACCAUUUGCCACCGAUGCAAGAUGCAUUAUGAGUAUUUGAAGAUAUAUCUUAAUCACACUCUUCUUUGCCCCAAUUGUCAUGAAGCUUUUAUGGCUACAGAAACAUCCCCACCGUUCAAUCAUACAAAAUCAUCCAAUUCUACUAGUCAGUGGCCCCAGAAUCUAGGGAAUCAUGCACCUAAUGGAAAUCAGUUCCCUAUAGGAAGAAAUGCUAGUGCUGGUAAAACAGCAGGAUCAGCAGCAGCAAGUUCUAAUACUGCGAAAUACUCGAACUUUCAGCAGGAUUCAUUUUCCAGAAUGGGUGGUGUUGGUAGCUCAGAUCCUUCCAUUGCAGCAAAAGCAGCAAAUGUUGUUCAGCAGGCACAUGAGAAAAUGAAGAGAGAACGUGAUGAUUCACAGACUAGGCAGACCCCUUUCAAACAGAGAAGGCUCGAUGAGGAUGGAAUCCAUUUUGGAUCCAAUGCACCUCACUAUGCAGAAAGGACUUAUGGUUUCUCUUCUAGUAAGUUUAAUAGUACCAGGGAACUGACACCACUUGAAAACCGGAAUAUGCUGAUGGCAAAAGCUCGGAAAGAGAUACUUAAGAAGUUGAAUGAAUGGAGAUCUCAGCCGCAAGAUGUACAAAAACCUAAGGUAAAAGAGGGCAAAAAAGAAAAACAGAGGACUGCUAAUGGUCUUGGUCAUAAUGUAAAUGGGAAUGUAGAGUCAUCAGCUAUGAAGGGAGGAAAGAAAGCUGUCAAUGCUUUAGCAAAUGAUGCAUAUCAAGGGGAUCCAAAGCCAGAAUCAAUGAAUGUACCAGAUCCUGAUUUUCACAAUUUUGAUCAGGACAGGAGCGAAAGUUGUUUCGAAGACAAUGAAGUCUGGGCUGCAUAUGAUGCUGAUGAUGGCAUGCCCCGUUUCUACGCUCUGAUUAACAAAGUCCUCUCAAGGGAGCCAUUCAAAGUGAGGCUCAGUUGGCUUAAUUCAAAAACAAACAGUGAAUUUGGUCCAAUGGAAUGGGUAGCUUCAGGUUUCUACAAAACUUCUGGUGAAUUUAGGAUUGGCAGAUACGAAACAGGUAAGUUGGUGAAUUCCUUCUCCCACAAGGUUCUGUGGUCAAAGGGCCCUCGUGGAUCUGUUCUAAUAUUUCCCAAGAAGGGGGAUGUUUGGGCCCUCUACAGACAUUGGUCUACUGGCUGGAAUCAGAAUACACCUGAUGAUGUCAUACACAAGUAUGAAAUGGUCCUAGUUCUUGAUGACUACAAUGAGGAGCAAGGAAUUUCAGUAGCUCCUCUCAUCAAAGUUGCUGGUUUUAAGACAGUCUUCCGUCCAGACUUGAAUCCACAGAAGGUGAUGAGAAUAACCAGAGAAGAGAUGUUUCGUUUCUCUCAUCAGGUCCCAAGCCACUUGCUUACAGGUGAAGAAGCUCAAAAUGCUCCUAAGGGUUGCCAGGAGCUUGAUCCAGCUGCUACUCCAUUGGAGCUUCUUCAGACAUUAACAGAAACUAAUGAGGUGCCAGCCGUGCAGAAUGACAAAGAGGUUAAUGUAGGUUCAUCACAGAAUGUUCAGGAAACUAAAACUAGUGAGACUGCUGAUCAUACUCUCAAAUCCAGGGAUGACGGGAUGGUAGAAAGUGAAGAAGCUCCAUGAAAAUGCAGGGGAACAAUUUGAACAACUUUUUGCGGCUGAAGGUUUUGAAUUAUGCCAGAAUAUUAGUAUAAUGAGGAGAUACUUUGAAGAUACAUCUAGUUGUAAACUUUUGGUCAGACCUUUAGACUUUAACUGAAUGAGAUUAGUCAUGGUUCAGAACAAAUCAGAAGUGUGUGGAGUUUGAUUGAGAAGGUUACUAUGGAGGCCCUCAUUUUGUACCUUGCUCAAAUGUAAAUGGUUGAUCACAAAGAUAUCAACACAGGUUAAUGCUUGUUAUCAUAGUGAACGGAAUCUCCAUUGCCCAGAUACACAAGUCUGUUCCCUAACCUUUUUUCUCUUUGGAUGCCUUAUAUUCCCCAUCGGUGUACUUGGACCUUUCCUUUUGUUUCUAAAUCAUGUAAAGGCAUCCUUAAAGUUUUUGUUUCUCUACAAACUAGAAUAUAUUCUAUUCUUGGAUCUGCUGGAGUUAAAAGUUAUAAUUGGUUUGCCUUAUGUAAACUUCUUAGAGAUUGUUUCUGUUAUAUACUGAUAUCAUGGAAUGUUAAUCUCAAAAGAGAUAUUUUCAGUCAUGUCA